UCUUGUGGUGGCUAGACGCGCUUUUUUCCUCCGCUCAUUAGCGACGCAGAACCGAAGCAAUAUGAAAUGGAGCGCCGGCAGGAUCCUGAAGAUCGCUCUCCCGGUGGUCGUCCUCGCCGCCUUCACCUUCGUCUCCCAGCCAAGAAACCUGAGCCUCUUAAGGGACAACCAUAACGUCACCCUUGUCUUAUCGGCCAGGCAGAUAAAGGCCCUUACCGAGACGAGGAAGCAGGAACAGACGCAAAACAAAAGUGAAAUAGAGGAAUCAAAAAAGGAAAGGCCUUUAGCUCUUGAAAAUUUCGUGGUGAUUAACAAUAAAGUGUACGAUCGAAGUAAAGUGAAUCUGUCGGCGAUACAGACGGAGCCGCAGAAGAAGGUUCAUCUCAAAAAGGAAGAAAACCGAACUCGAUUUUGGCCUCCUACGCUACAGCUGUCUGACGCUGCCUUCCUCCAGAAUCUUGACUACUCCAUGUACAGGCCCAAGGAGCGGUCCAUCCUGAAGGCUCGGGUCGGCGUGUUCGUGGAGCGGGCGCGGCGGGCGGGACGAGUGUGCCGCGGCGCCCCUCCGGCCACCCGCAUUCCCGAGCGCAGUCGCUUCGUGUGGGAUCGCAAGCACUCGCCCAGCAUCGUCUUCUGUCCCAAUUACAAGGUAGCCUCAACAACUUGGCUGUCGAACUUCCUCAAGUUAGCGCACUAUAAUGAAGACAAUCCGUCCAUUCCCGAUAACUUACCGAAAGCAAAGCGAGAGAAAAUGCAGCUUAUGGCGAAGUACGGAGCUAAACAUGACGUCGUGUUUAAGCUCUACCCGAGUCCCUCCUCAGAUGCCGAGAAGUUGAAGGUGAUGAAUGAAAGUGUAAGGGUCACCGUCGUCAGGCAUCCCUUCGCCAGACUCCUCUCCGGUUACCGCGACAAAAUGACGAAGAUGCGACCGAGUCCGGUUAAGUUCGGCUUCCGCAAACUCCAGCAGAAGAUCAUCGCCAAAUACCGGAGUCACGUGACCAACAACACUUCACCCUUCCCGACUUUCGAAGAGUUUGUUCGCUAUGUGAUCGACUCCACGGGGAACCUGACCACGGCGAGGGACUGGGAGAAGAAUAUCAACUGCUGGGUACCAUACUGGGCCCAGUGUAGCGUCUGUGCCACUGACUAUACCCUGAUCAUGAAACUAGAAACAAUGGCCGAAGACGAACAGUUUCUCGUCGUCCUCUCCAAACUCAAAGAACUAAAGGGUAAAAAGGGCAAAAACUGGAAGCACCUUCACGGCCAGAGCUCCCACGACGCCGCCCCUCAGUACUACAGGGAACUGACGAAGGCGCAGAUGACGUCCCUUUACGAACGAUACAAGAUGGACUUCGAUCUCUUCGGCUACGACAUCGAGGAAUUUCUGGCCAUCGCUAAGGACGCGGAGGAUGGAGGGGUGGGGGGAGUAACGCUGGGUAAUGAGGGAGAAGGAGAAGAUGAUGAGGAAGAGGAUGAUGAGGAUGUGGAAGAUGAGGGAGAAGAAGAGGAAGAGGGUGAGGAGGAAGAUGAGGAAGAGGGUGAGGAGGAAGAUGAGGAAGAGGGUGAGGAGGAAGAUGAGGAAGAGGGUGAUAAGGAUGAGGAGGAAGAUGAAGAAGAGGAGGAAGAGGUAGAUGAGGAUGAGGAAGAUGAAGAGGAGGAGGAGGAUGAAGAGGAAGAUCAAUACGACAACGAAGAAGAGGCUGAUGCUGAUGAAGAACAAGAGGAAGAAAAGUAAGAUGGCAAAGGGAUAAGACGUAUAUCUAAAUAUAUAGAUAUAAAUAAACACACACACAUACAUACAU